AUGGCGCCGGUAUCAUUCAGUGUAAAUCCUGAAUAUGCACAGAUUACUGAAAUUGUACCGGGCCUGUGCAUAUGUGGCGUGAGCUCGCUGACACCCGUGAACAUCGAGAAGUACAACAUAUCGCUAAUCAUCAAUGCAACAAAUGAGGUGCCCAACAUACGAGCCCUCGGCAGUAUUCCACGGAUCAAACUGUGGCUUGAAGAUACUCCACAAGCAUCAAUCUACUCAGAGCUUGUUUUGCAGGCCGAGCAAAUUGAAGCGGUUAUCGCUGGUGGUGGUAAUGUCUUAGUGCACUGCGUAGCAGGGGUAUCCCGUUCUGCCACAAUUUGCCUCGCAUUUCUCACCAAAUUCCGGUGCAGUUCACUCAGACAGGCUUACCAAUUGAUGGCAAGCAAACGACCACUUGUGAGGCCCAACAUUGGCUUCUGGCGACAGCUUAUCGCUUUCGAACAGGAAGUGAAACAGAAUGUAGCGUCAGUUCACCUAGUGCGAGAUAAGCUGCAUCCAGAUCUACUUAUUCCAGACGUUUAUGAAGAGAAUGCUGCCGAGGUAACAGCUCUGAAACCCGAUGGCAGUAAGGAGGAAGGACUGUGCAGCGACGAGAGGCGCGGUCGUCGUAAUUCAGGCGGUAAACUGAAAUUUCAGCCAGUGCUGGAUCCUGUACUCGAAUGUGUUGAAGCCGCGGCGUGA